AUGCACAUAGCGAAGGCCACGCCAUUGACCAAGGAAUUCGCUUUGACCGAUUACAGCGAGCCCUCGCGCACCCCCAUAGCGGCUGCCUGUGGCUUAGAGGGCAAUGUACUCACCUACACAGAUGACAUCCUUGUUUAUAACAAACGUUUCGAGUCUCACAUUACAUCCCUCGAACAGGUUCCAUUACGUCUUCGCCAAUUCAACCUAAAAGCAUCACCCAAAAAGUGCGUUUUCGCCAGACGGCAGAUCACUUUCCUGGGGCACCUCAUUAACAAGGACUCAUAUUCACCCGCCGAAGCCAACACAAGAGCGGUUCGCGAGUUCCCUACCCCCACCAACACGAAGGAGGUGAAACGGUUUUUAGGUAUGGUCGGGUUUUUCCACAAAUUCAUCCCCAAUUUUGCGACCAUAGCAGAACCCCUCACCAGGUUAACACGUAGAAGCAACAAAUUCCAAUGGUUAGAGCCUCAAGAAGCCGCGUUUCGCGAGCUACGCGAUGCUCUAAUCAAUAAACCCAUCUUAGGUUAUCCAGACUACAACAAACCUUUUCACAUCUUCACGGACGCCAGCUCUGUUGCGCAAGCAGGCGCUCUUAUGCAAGAAUAG